UGGAGGCGCAGUGAGCAGGUACCCGCUUCUGCACCUGUUUCUCUUGCACCUGCUGCACAGCUGCUCCUACUCAGCUCACCUGGACUGAGCCUCGCCUGGCGCUGCACCCUGGCGGCACCCCCAGCUCCCCCAGGCUCCCCUCCGGGCAGCACCUGCACUCAGCUCCUUCUCUAGGGAAGGUCUCACCUCCAGCCCACAGCAGUCAGGAUUACAGAGAGCCCACCCUCUACUCAGGGAGCGCCAUGACCGAAGUUGGUUGGUGGAAGCUGACCUUCCUCCGGAAAAAGAAAUCCACCCCCAAGGUGCUGUAUGAGAUCCCUGACACCUAUGCCCAAACUGAGGGCAGCGCGGAGCCCCCACGGCCCGAGGGCGGGGACACCAACAGUGACUUUAAUACCCGCCUGGAGAAGAUUGUGGACAAGAGCACAAAGGGCAAGCAUGUCAAGGUCUCCAAUUCUGGCCGCUUCAAGGAGAAGAAAAAAGUUCGAGCCACUCUGGCGGAGAACCCCAACCUCUUUGAGGACAGGGAGGGCAAAGGACAGUGAAGGGGGCCAUGGAGGAUGCUAGCGCCUCCCUGCUCCUUGCGGUAGGCUGCGCCGACAGGAGCUUGCCACGCGGGCCUCUGGCCCCAGCUGAAGCCGCGGGGGGCAGUUGAUGCCUACUGGCAGGAAUGUGUGGUUUUAGGUUUGUAUUUAUGUGCCCCAGCUCACUGGAAAGCCUGGGAGAUCCCAGGGUCCUCCCAGUCCCCCCAACCACAUAGAAAGGCACUCCGGUUCAAAGAUGAGAAGUGCCAGCCAUGAAAGACAGCCCUCCUUGCAGCCACGUCAGGGCGGGCAGGGAGGAGGCCGAGGAAUGGAAAGAGGGAGCCUGUCUGACUUCACCUCCUCCCAGGGCACAGGGUCAGGGGUGAAUCUGAAUUGCUGUUCCCUCUACUUUCUCAACCCAUGACUGUUCCCUGGACCAAUUCGGAGAGUGCAUUUCCCAGAAGCCAUGUGAUGGGGGCUGAUUCCAGGAACCAGAGGCGAACUGAACUUGAGCUCACCUCCUAACGUGAGGGGGAAACUGGCUGGAACUUUGCCCUCUUAGAGGUGCAGGGGAGGGAGGACCCUGGCACUCCCUGGGGGUGCUGCAGAAGGCCAGGUUAGGGACCCCGAGGGUCCAAAUUAAGGGAGGGGGGAGGCAGCUCUGGUAGCAGCUGAAAGCAGCCAGGCCUCUUCUCUCCUUCCCUACUUGUACUGACGAUGGGUCAAGCCCCAGAGAUGAGUCCUGAAGCCUUGAAUUUUGUUUAAAAAAAUAAUUGUAGUUUUCUCUCUUUGUA